CUUUGGGUCUCUGCCUGUGUGGAGACAUGGGGACACAGGGACAGAGCUGCCCUUGUGGCUGCAAAUGGGGCCCUGGAGGAGGGACAUCACCGUGCCCCAGUUCAGCUCCUUCACUCUCCUCUCCCUCCGCAGUGCCUUCCUGGAGCUGCCUCACCAGGAUGAAUGGAACGGCCAACUUGGCCCCGACCGCCCGCGGCCACUUCACCUCCGCCAUCCCGGUGCCACGAUCCACGACCCCCAACAAACUGCCUUCUGCAGCCCCCCCGGCCCGGCACAGCACCUCAGGCCCCCCUGCCUCCCACCGGGCCACAUCCCCACGGCCGGCAGCACCCCCCGGCCCCAAAAGCCUCAAACUCAGGCCCAGAGCUUCAGGUCGUGAGGCAACCGAGAGUCCAGGUGUAAUCCCCCAUGGGGGCCAGAGAGCCCCAGUGCUCCCCAGGAAGGGGGUGGGGGGAAGCCGGGUGGAGUGCAGCCUAAGGGGGCCUGGGGCCCACCGUCCCCUCGGGAUGGCAGUGGAGGAUGGACCCGACGCCGGCCCUAUGAGCAGAAGCCCCAUGUUUGGGUCAGGGACCAUCAGCUUCUCCUCAGCCUCCCCGCAGAGCCGCCCUGUGACAGCCACUGUUGCCCCGUUCCACUACCGGCUGCAGGAGGAUGGAGAGCAGAAUGCCACAUCCCUGUGUGACUUUGCUCCUGCUGAGGUGCCCGACCCCAAAUCCAGAGCCAUGACAGCCCCCGGCGGGUUAAAUGAUUGCAGCGCGGGGAUGCUGGGGAGCAACCUCAAGAGCCUUCCCGACGUGGAGCUGGGCGAGGAGGGCGCGGCGGAGCUGCGCGGCUUUCGGCGGGGCCCCGACGGCGGCGGCGCGGUGAUGCCCAAACGGGCGAAGGCGGCGGCGGCGGCGGCGGGGGGGCCGCGGGGCGCGGAGCUGCGGGUGUUCAAGGCGAGCAGCGCGGAGGGGCGGCUGCCGGCCGGCUCCAACCUGCGCAAGCAGAAGUCGCUCACCAACCUGGCCUUCCUCACCGACGCCGAGAAGAAGCGGCAGCUCUACGAGCCGCGCUGGAGCGACGACAUGGCCAAAGGGACGGCGACCACCGCGGUGGCGGCGGGGGGACGGGGCGGGGGCGGCGGUCCCCGUGGCCGCGAGGCGCCCGCCAUGUCGCGCAGUCUGUCCCGCUCCGAGCACUCCCUGCUGCCGCCGCGCCCCGCCGGACCCCAGAAGCCGCCGCCCGCCGCCGGGAAGCCGAGCCGCAUCCCCCGCGGGCCCUACGCCGAGGUGAAGCCGCUCAGCAAAGCCCCCGAGGCGGGCGGAGGCGGAGGAGGAGGGGGCGGCAAGUGCGACGACGAGCUGCUGGGCGGCAAGGGGCCGGCGGCGGCGGGGGCCGAGGAGAAGGCGUACCUGAAGGUGGACCCCGAGCUGGUGGUGACGGUGCUGGGCGACCUGGAGCAGCUGCUCUUCAGCCAGAUGUUGGACCCCGAGUCCCAGAGGAAGAGGACGGUGCAGAAUGUUCUGGACCUUCGGCAGAACCUGGAGGAGACCAUGUCCAGCCUGCGGGGCUCCCAGGUGUCUCACAGCUCCCUGGAGAUGACGUGCUACGACAGCGACGAAGCCAACCCGCGCAGCGUCUCCAGCCUGUCGAACCGCUCCUCGCCGCUCUCGUGGCGCUACGGGCAAUCCAGCCCGCGGCUGCAGGCGGGGGAUGCGCCGUCGGUGGGGGGCGGCUGCCGCUCCGAGGGCACCCCCGGCUGGUACAUGCACGGCGAGCGGGCGCAUUACUCGCACACCAUGCCCAUGCGCAGCCCCAGCAAACUGAGCCACAUCUCGCGACUGGAGCUGGUGGAGGCGUUGGACAGCGACGACGUGGAGCUGAAGUCGGGAUAUAUGAGCGACAGUGACCUGAUGGGGAAAACCCUGACGGAGGACGAUGACAUCACCACGGGCUGGGAUGAGAGCAGCUCCAUCAGCAGCGGCCUCAGCGAUGCCUCUGACAACCUCAGCUCGGAGGAGUUCAAUGCCAGCUCCUCGCUCAACUCCCUGCCCUCCACCCCCAUGGCCUCGCGCAGGAACUCGGCCAUAGCGCUGCGCACCGACUCUGAGAAGCGCUCGCUGGCGGAGAGCGGGCUGAGCUGGUACGGCGAGGCGGACGAGAAGGCGCCCAAGAAGCUGGACUACGACAGCAGCAGCCUCAAGAUGGAGCACGGCUCCUCCAAGUGGCGGCGGGAGCCUGCAGAGAGCUGCGAGGAGGGUUCCAAGGGUGGAGAGCUGAAGAAGCCGGUCAGCCUGGGCACCCCCGGCUCCCUCAAGAAGGGCAAAACCCCACCGGUGGCAGUGACCUCUCCCAUCACCCACACGGCCCAGAGCACCCUCAAAGUGGCAGGCAAACCCGAGACCAAAGCCACCGAUAAGAGCAAGCUGUCGGUGAAGAGCACGGGGCUGCAGCGCUCCUCCUCUGACGCUGGCCGCGAUCGCGUCGGCGAUGCCAAGAAGCCGCCCUCGGGUCUCACACGCCCCUCAGCCUCCAGCUCCUUUGGCUACAAGAAGCCGGCCCCAGCCACUGGCACUGCCACUGUCAUGCAAGCCGGGGGCUCAGCAACGCUGGGCAAGAUCCAGAAGAGCUCCGGUAUCCCCGUCAAGCCGGUCAGCGGGCGGAAAACAAGCCUGGAUGUCUCCAACGCGGCUGAGCCCGGCUUCCUGGCCCCGGGGGCUCGCACCAACAUCCAGUACCGCAGUCUGCCCCGGCCGGCCAAGUCCAGCUCCAUGAGUGUGACCGGCGGCCGCGGCGCUAACCGGCCGGUCAGCAGUAGCAUCGAUCCCAGCCUGCUCAGCACCAAGCAGGCCAGCAUCACGGUGUCGCGGCUCAAGGAGCCGUCCAAGAUCGGUGCUGGCCGUGGCACACCGGCCCCCGUGAACCAGACGGACCGGGAGAAGGAGAAGGCCAAGGCCAAGGCCGUAGCGCUGGACUCCGAGUGCGUGACGCUGAAGAGCGUUGGCUCUCCUGAGAGCACCCCCAAAGCCCAGGCCAACCUCCCGCCGGCGGCCAAGGUGGCUGAGCUGCCCCCCACCCCCCUCAGAGCGGCUGCCAAAACCUACGUGAAGCCUCCCUCGUUGGCCAACUUGGACAAGGUCAACUCCAACAGCCUGGACUUGCCCUCCUCCAGCGAGCUGCAUCCCCCACACACUGCCAAGCUCCAGGACCUGCACCCAGCUGGGGGGCAUCUGACGCCCUGCUUCAGCCCCAGUCCUGCUCCCAUCCUCAACAUCAACUCGGCCAGCUUCUCCCAGGGCCUGGAGCUCAUGGGCGGCUUCAGCGUCCCCAAGGAGGGUAGGAUGUACCCUAAGCUCUCCGGCCUGCAUCGCAGCAUGGAGUCCCUGCAGAUGCCCAUGAGCCUGCCCAGUGCCUUUUCGGGGGGCAGCACCGCCACCCCCAGCCCUGCUGCUGUCCCCCCUGCCAGCACAGAGGAAGAGGAGGAGGCGGGUGAGCUGGGCUGGAGCGGCAGCCCCCGGCUUGCACACCUGGACAGCACCAACCGUGACAGGAACACGCUGCCCAAGAAGGGGCUGAGGUACCAGCUGCACUCCCAGGAGGAGGCCAAGGAGCGCCGCCACUCGCACACCAUUGGAGGGCUGCCCGAAGCGGACGAUCAGCCGGAGCUGCCCUCACCCCCCGCCCUCCCCAUGGCUCUGGUUGGGAAGGGUCCGCUCACCAGCAUCGUGAGCCCCACUGCCACCACCACCCCGCGGAUCACCCGCUCCAACAGCAUCCCCACCCACGACUCCACCUUUGAGCUGUACAGCACCUCCCAGAUGGGCAGCACCCUCUCCCUGGCAGACAAACCCAAGGGCAUGAUCCGCUCGGGCUCCUUCCGGGACCCUGUGGAUGACGUUCAUGGAUCGGUGCUGUCCCUGGCCUCCAGCGCGUCCUCCACCUACUCCUCCGCUGAGGAGAAGAUGCAGUCUGAGCAAAUCCGCAAGCUGCGUCGCGAGUUGGAGUCCUCGCAGGAGAAGGUGGCCACGCUGACAUCCCAGCUGUCUGCUAACGCCAACCUGGUGGCAGCUUUUGAGCAGAGCCUGGUGAGCAUGACGUCCCGCCUGCGGCACCUGGCUGAGACCGCUGAGGAGAAGGACACAGAGCUGCUGGACCUGCGGGAGACCAUUGAUUUCCUGAAGAAGAAGAACUCGGAGGCACAAGCCGUGAUCCAGGGUGCCCUGAAUGGCACUGAUGUUGCUCCCAAAGAGCUGCGCAUCAAGCGGCAGAACUCCUCCGACAGCAUCUCCAGCCUCAACAGCAUCACCAGCCACUCCAGCAUCGGCAGCAGCAAAGAUGCCGACGCCAAGAAGAAGAAGAAGAAGAGCUGGCUGCGUAGCUCCUUCAACAAAGCCUUCAGCAUCAAGAAGGGGCCCAAGUCGGCCUCGUCCUACUCGGAUAUUGAGGAGAUCGCCACGCCGGACUCCUCAGCCCCGUCCUCUCCCAAGCUCCAGCACGGCUCCACCGAGACCACCUCACCUUCCAUCAAAUCCUCCACCUCCUCCUCCGUGGGCAUCGACACGGCUGAGCUCUUCCAGGCGCACGGUGAGGGCGAGCCGGAGAAGAAGGAGGUGUCAGAGCUGCGCUCGGAGCUGUGGGAGAAGGAGAUGAAGCUGACGGACAUCCGCCUGGAGGCCCUCAACUCGGCUCACCAGCUGGAGCAGUUGCGGGAGACCAUGCAUAACAUGCAGCUGGAGGUGGAUCUCCUGAAGGCAGAGAACGAUCGGCUCAAAGUGGCUCCGGGGCCCUCGGCGGUGCCAGGAUCCAUUCCUGGUCACAUUACCAGCACGUCGGCCUCCUCGUCGCCACGGCGCUCGCUGGGGCUCUCCCUGGGCCAUGCCUUCAGCCCCAGCCCGGGGGACGCCGACAUGUCUCCCAUGGACGCCAUCAGUGCUGGCACCCAGAAGGAUGAGCUGACGCUGAGGAUUGUGGUGCGCAUGCCGCCCCAGCACAUCAUCAAGGGGGACCUCAAGCAACAAGAGUUUUUCCUGGGCUGGACCAAGGUGAGCGGGAAGGUGGAUUGGAAGAUGCUGGAUGAGGCUGUCUGCCAGGUCUUCAAGGAUUACAUCACCAAGAUGGAUCCUGCCUCCACGCUGGGGCUCAGCACUGAGUCUGUUUAUGGCUACAGCAUCAGCCACAUCAAGCGGGUCCUGGACACGGAGCCACCGGAGCUGCCGCUGUGCCGCCGGGGCAUGAGCAGCAUCGUGGUGACGCUCAAAGGCUUGAAGGAGAAGUGCGUGGACAGCUUGGUGUUCGAGACGCUCAUCCCCAAGCCCAUGAUGCAGCAUUACAUCAGCCUCCUGCUGAAGCACCGGCGGCUCAUCCUCUCGGGACCCAGCGGCACCGGCAAGACGUACCUGACCAACCGGCUGGCCGAGUACCUGGUGGAGCGCUCGGGCCGGGACGUCACCGAGGGCAUCGUCAGCACCUUCAACAUGCACCAGCAGUCCUGCAAGGACCUGCAGCUGUACCUCUCCAACCUGGCCAACCAGAUCGACAGGGAGACGGGCACGGCGGACGUGCCCCUGGUGAUCCUCCUGGAUGACCUCAGCGAGGCGGGCUCCAUCAGUGAGCUCGUCAACGGCGCGCUCACCUGCAAGUACCACAAAUGCCCCUACAUCAUCGGGACCACCAACCAGCCUGUGAAGAUGACCCCGAACCAUGGUCUCCAUCUCAGCUUCAGGAUGCUGACCUUCUCCAACAACGUGGAGCCAGCCAAUGGCUUCCUGGUGCGCUACCUGCGGAGGAAGCUGCUGGAGUCAGACACGGACGUCAACGCCAACAAGGAGGAGCUGCUGCGUGUGCUGGACUGGGUGCCCAAGCUCUGGUACCACUUGCACACCUUCCUGGAGAAACACAGCACCUCCGACUUCCUCAUUGGUCCCUGCUUCUUCCUGUCCUGCCCCAUCGGAAUCGAGGAUUUCCGGACCUGGUUCAUUGACCUGUGGAAUAACUCCAUCAUCCCUUACCUGCAGGAGGGGGCGAAAGAUGGGCUCAAGGUCCACGGGCAGAAGGCAGCCUGGGAGGACCCCGUGGAGUGGGUGCGGGACACCCUGCCCUGGCCAUCAGCACAGCAAGACCAGUCCAAGCUGUACCACCUGCCCCCACCCACCAUCGGACCCCAUAGCACUGUCUCCCCCCCCGAGGAGCGCACCGUCAAAGACACAACGCCCAGCUCCCUGGAUGCGGACCCCCUGAUGGCCAUGCUGCUGAAGCUCCAGGAAGCCGCCAACUACAUCGAGUCUCCGGACCGUGAAACCAUGGUGGAUCCCGACCUGCAAUCGACUCUGUGAGGCACGCACAUGCCGGCCCAGGUGCAGGGGGCGGCCACCGGGCUGCCCUCCUCCUCCUCUUCCUCCUCCGGUAGCCUGGAGCGCAGGGCUGGGGCUGGCGAGCGAGCGGUGAGGAGCGGAGCCCUGUGCAGCUCUGCGCAGCGUGGGGAAGCUCAGCUCUGCCGUGGGAGAGUGCGAGGCUCCGCUUCUCCACCCCUCUUUUGGGGUAGGAGAAUCCUGGUUUCUCUUCUUGGUUUUUCUGUCUCUAUUGCAAACUCUCGGGUUUUGGGGCCGCUGUGGCCAAGCCCCCGCUCCAGGGAGCUGCAGGAUGGGCCCUGCGUGGGGCAGGGACCCCGUGGGAGCCCCCUGGGCUGGAGCUGGGGGGUGGGAGGACGUGUGGCCGUGUCUGUGUGUCCGGCACCGUGCUCCCACUGCUCUCUUUGUACAUUCCUCAUUUAACCUGCUUGGCAGCCGCUGCACCCAGGACAACCCAAUAAACCCCGCUUCGGUUAUUUUAUUUUAUUACUCCCCCUUCCCUUUUUCGUUUGACCGAGUCCAGACUUUGCUUUGCUCCCUUUUUUGUUCUGGUUCUUUGCUCUCCCAAGCCUGAGCCCAUGCUCUGGUGCCCAUCGCUUCCCCCCCUGAGCAGCUCUGCUUCCUUUUGGUUUCUUUUACAGCUGUUGGUCCCACCACUCCACACACUUCCGUCACACAACUGGUGCUCACUGGACAACCUCCAGUCCCCAAAUCCACCUCUCCAGUUGCCUCAUAUCUUGGCUGGGAUGGGUCUGGGCAGGUGGUGGUAGUGGGGUGCACCCGGAGAGCCCCUUUGCCUGGAGGCCCCCUCCCAAAAGCACAAGGCAAAGUGUGGCCUUGGGCCCGGGGGGUGCUGUGGGGCUGCCAAGGGGCAGCACAAUGCUGUGGGGCAAGGAGUGGCAAUCUGCUCCCGUCUCCUCUCUGCUGCCGGGUUGGGUGGCACAGGGACAGAGCCGUGCCUGACAUUGUCCCCGUGCCUCUGGCUCACCACUGCCCCAUGGGGUUUCGUGACCCCCCCCCCCAGGCCCACCCUGUGCCCUGCAGCCGCACAGUGCCCUCUCAGCAUGGGCUCUCCAUACCCACACUGGUGCUCUGGGGACAUCCAGCUGGGGCCACAUGUCCCCUUGGCCCUAUGGUGCAAUGUCACAGGCGCUGCUCCCUGCACUGCCUUAAUCCCUGUGGGUAGGGGGCACGCAGGGCUGGAGGGGGGGGCCACUGGCACGGCCCGCAUUUGCUGCCUCCAAAGCCAGCUGGGCUGGGAUGGGACCGUGGUGCCGGUGCUUCACUGAGCACUGCCCAGCUGGGGCCACUGCCUUCGGUCCCUUUAGUACCCUUCUCUUCCCCUCCUCCCGGCCCCGCAGAGGGCACAGCACCUUUAGGGGAGCGGUUCCCCACGGCGGCUCUGCCCCCCACUGCCUUCAGGGACCCCCCCCACCUCCCUGGGGCUCUGUGUGCCCCCCGCUGCCCUCGGUGCUCUCCUGCCCGCGCAGCCCUCCCGCGCGGCCCCAUGGUGCUCACUUCUCCGUCUGUCCCACAGCCUCCCUGCUGCCAGCCCCUCUGCACAGGGCUGUCCCUCCCCACGCUGGCUUGGACGUUAGGGCUUUCUGUUUGCCUUCUGUUGUGUUGUCAGCUGAGGACUCGCUGUAAAUAGAUCCGUAGUCGAACGCCCUGCGUGAGUUGGCGGGGUCCGACCCUGCGCGUCUUUCUCCUUUUUUUGUACUCUGUGAUAACUGUGCUGUGCUGACUUCUUUUCUGAUUGUACCAGGUGUUGGCUCAGCAGCAGCUCGAGGUUGGGGACCCGCACUCCCCUCUCACCCCCCUCGGGACCUUAAUGCCCUGAGGACGGGGCGCAAAGCACCUUUGGGGGCCCUGAGGAGCCCCGCAGUGCACGGCGUUGGUGCAGCCUCACACUGGGAUUUCAUCCCUGGCACCACCACGGAGCCACCAAAACACCCCACAAACCCUCACGGGACACGCACUGCAGCGUCCCCUUGUGUGGCCUGUGGGGUCGCCCCAUAACUUGUGGGUGCAGACACCCAAGCCCUGUGGGAUGAACAGCAGCCACAGCCGAGCCCUGGGCACAGUGGGUGCUGGGUGGGGCUUCCUAGUGGGGUCCCUCACCCAAAGGGGAGCAGCAUUGGUGGCUCCUGUUGGUGUCCCCCAGUGUGGUGGCACCCAUCGGGGAGGUUGGGGACCCUCGGGGUGCCCACACCCAUGGAUCCCACCAUUGCUCUGCCUGCUGGCCACCCCCAGGUGUUUGUUGUCCCCGUGGGGACGCUGUGCUAAGGCUGCCUGCUGGCCCCAAGGUGCCGUCACCCCAAAGGCGCCCGCAGCCCCUUGGAGCACCAGGAGCCCCCCCACCACCCUCGAGCUGCUGCUGCCCAGGGGCCUGAACCUUACAAUUUUAGCUUUUUUCUAUUAAAAGAAGAAACAAACCUUUUUUUAAUUAAAUAAAAGACGAAAAAUGGACAAAUUCCUGUUUUAGAUGAUCUGUGUAACUGACUGGGUUUUGUGUUUCUUAACUGCAUGGUGUUCCUGCCGAGGGGUUUUAUAGCACUUUUUAAAUUUCUCUUUAAGAUUUUGGUCCAGAUUUCUACUGCUCUCUCGCCUGUCUGUCUUUGCUUUUUCCCUCGCCUCCAAGUUUGUAAACUCGCUCCGUUUUAUACCUGAUGUGGAAACCCAACCCCACGUUGUACAUAGCUGCGGGAACAAUCAGAGGAACAAACACCAUCUGGACUCUGCCACCAUUCGUUGUUUUUACUUAAAGAAACUACACGAGGAAGCCAGGAAAAGGCUUGAGGCUCAUUCCGAAGGACAGUAACCAACCCAGCCCUGCACCAAGUCAGCUCCUGCUGCCCACGCCGCCCGCACCACCCGGCAUGUCUCUCUCGGUCGUCUGUCUCACACCAUUGGGUUCAAUAAAGUUAUCUCCUGUA